UACUUUGUCAUCCGUCAACUUAUAAGUAAUGCCUAUCAAACAAUUCAUUCUUAUGGUGGCUUCAGUCUUCAGAGCUCAAUAGCAUGUAUGUAGUCAUCUGUAGGAUGUUUAAUGUAUAAUUGCAGACGCAUGACGAAAGAACAGUCUACAUAUUCAGACAUGUUGAUGUGUCACGUACUACUAAUCAUGCUAGUAUGGAAUGUCAGGGGUGACCCAAUAUGUCCAUGGGGCACAUAUGGAGAUGCAUGUGACAGAAUCUGUUCUGACCACUGUCGCAGGUUUCCUGCUCGGGACAUUGUAUACUGUGACAGGACCAGUGGACGUUGUUCCGAGGGAUGCAUUCCAGGCUGGUAUGAUGCUACAUGCAAUAAAGAAUGCAGCAAGAACUGUAUCAACUACAUCUGCAAUCACGGAGAUGGAGCGUGCACAGCAGGAUGUAAAGACGGCAAAAAAGGAAACUUCUGUGAAGAGGAACAACUUAACACAAAGGCGAAGGAGAGAACAGCAGACCUGUCCUUGAUGAGUAUCGCUAUUGCAGCUACAGCUCUUAUAAUCAUCAUCAUCAUAAUGAUCUGUGCGGUGGUUGUAUGUUUGCGCCUGAAAUAUAGGAAAAGACAAGGAUUUAUGGCAGUGAAAACAUGGAAUACCCAGGACCUCGGAGGGUUACUCAAUACUCCCGAUCCUAAUGAACCACUCCAUAAGGCCAGCGCUGAGGGGGAUCUGGACCGCGUGAAACGGAUCAUGAAUGGUGGUUUAUUCAAUGUAAAAACCCGAGGGUUGUAUGGAUUGACACCGCUGAUGUUGGCAGCAAUGAACGGACACUAUAAUGUCUUUGAAUAUCUUCACAGAGAAGGAGCUGAUAUGACAUUAAGGGGUCGUGAUGGGGACCACAUUCUUAGCAUGGCCUGUGUGGGGGGCAAUAUAGACAUAGUAAACUAUGUUGUCUUAAAGGAACCUUUCCUUAACAUGAACUUAGGGAGAACAGAUGGACGAACGGCGUUAAUGUGGGCAGCACGACAUGAAAAUAAGACCAUAUUUGACUAUCUGCUGAAAAAGGGAGAUAAAUCUGAGGAUAUCGAAGGAGAUGGCGUCCUUCAUUAACCCUGCUAUGGAGGACACAUUGGAAUCGUUAUGGAUGUCAUCGCCAAUACCUUAAUUGACAUCAACAGUAGUGACAUGUAUGGAAGGACAGCAAUGAUGGUGGCAGCUGAGCACGGACAUAUAGAGGUGUUUGACUUACUUGAUAGGAAAGGGUGUGACAUAUCACACAUAGAUAAGGAAGGUAACAACAUACUCCAUGUGACAUGCCGUGGAGGACAUGUGGAGAUGGCUGAGCAUGUCCUCUCACUGGGAGAUUUUGACAUCAACUGCAAAGGGCAGUAUGACCGCACACCACUGAUGUUGGCAGGACACAGAGAUGAAUGUGACCUACUUUGUGAAAAGGGAGCUGAUGUAUCACUACGAGGGCCAUUCAAUAUAUAACCGGCCUAACCUAUUUGCUACUGCUCCUCACUUCUUCUUUUUCCACAUAAUCACCAUUGAGGUCUAUGCACUUUGUCCAGCGAUGUGUGAGAGCUAAAAGCCCGUUGUGAUAGAAACCAUGGGGUUGUUCGUGUAACCACCCCUCCACUGCUGUCGUGAGUUCAUCAUCGGACCGGAAAUGACGUCCACGCAGUUCUUUCUUCAAGUUUGGGAAGAGAAAGUAGUCGCUUGGAGCCAGGUCUGGAGAGUAAGGUGGGUGAGGCAAUACUUUGAACCCGUUCCGCUUCACUGCGGCAACCGCAAGUCGACCGGUGUGCACUCUGGCAUUAUCAUGUUGGAUCAGCACACCUUUUGUGAUCUUUCCACGACGUUUGGCAAGAUUAGCAGUCCGCAAACUAAAUAGGAACAUUUGCUCGUGGGAUGGCAAACUUUCAUCUCCAAAAUGCAAAAACUGGAAUUUUAGAGUUCAUCGUUUUUUCUCUGAGAACGGUGAUGUUAAUCUAUGUUCACAAGAUCAUGUUCCACCAUCAGCAAUAUGUUACCGCAGUGUCUUAUCUAAGUUACGGUAUAUCGUAGCACCAAUAAGACUUGAAAGAGAACAUAUUUCUUUGGAGAAACGUGUGUGCACCCUGAGUAUGAACUCCAGCAUUCAAGGCGAGAUGCAUGUAUUGAUACAUAUAUGCUGUAUCAAUAUGCCAUAUAUUAAUAUUCUCACUUUAUGUGAUGUAUACACGCUUUAAGCAAGUGUCAUCUAUCAAUACUUUUAUUCGUCUACAGAUAUUAACAAGCUCUUAUCAUAUUUUACCAAUAUUCACAUAUGUUUAAAUGUGCAGUAUAUAAUAAUAUUCACACUUUAUAUGAUGUAUACACCCUUUAAGCCAGUGUCAUCUAUCAGUAUUUUAUUCGUCUACAGAUAUUGACAAGCUCUCAUCAUAUUUUACCAAUAUUCACAUAUGUUUAAAUGUGCAGUAUAAAAUAAUAUUCAUUAUAAAAUAUUAGCAAUUAGUUAAACCAUCCGAGGAGGUACAUUCGAAGGUCAAUGUCACUAGUAUAAAAAAUGCUGCAAAUGCACAUACAACUAUCA